AUGUCUCCCGAGUAUGCAAUGGGAGGGCUAUUUUCAGAGAAAUCGGAUGUCUAUAGCUUUGGUGUUUUGCUACUAGAGAUGGUCAGUGGCACGAGGAAUACGUGUUUCCAUUAUCGUGAAAAAUAUUUGAACCUCCUUGGUUAUGACCACGCUGCGGAUAGGCCAACAAUGUCUGUUGUGGUUCUCAUGCUAAGUAAUGAAAUAGAUCUUCCACAUCCAAAACAACCUACAUUCACUAUUCAAAGCUUGUCAGAUGUCGAUCUUCGGUCACAAUGCAAUAAAAUAUCUUCCGGUAGUAAGGCAUCUCUAUCAAUUAUUGAGGGGCGAUAA